AAAAAGAAUGCUAAAGAAAAAAUAAAAAAAUAAAGAGUUAUUAAAAAAAUUUUUAGAAACGAAAUUUUUUGAAACAGCUUACGAAUUGACGAAAAGUUUCUUUUGGAAUAUGAAGAAAAAAGUAGAGAGAAGGAAAAAAGAAAAGAGAGAGGGGGCUAAACAGAGCUCGCGUAGAGGGGCUUGAAACGAAUGAAGGGGUGUGUACUGGAAGAGGGGGCAGCAAAGGAAGGCGAAUAGUUGCCUCGAUGAUACCACCUCUCUCAGUUGCUUCUCGGUUUCCGGACUGCGUGGACUGGCAGGUUAGUGAAUCCAACUCUCGUUCAUUCACCAGUUUCUCUUCGUUCCACUCUUGACCUCCUUCCAUCCUUGGCACCCUCUCUGUUUCUCUCUCUCUUUCUCUCACCCUCAUUCUCCACUCCGUGUGUCCGCUGACUCCAUUCAUGCGACUCGUUCUUUGCUCGCUCUCUCGUUCGCUGCUCCCUUUGAUUUAUCGAAAUUCCUAGUGAAAAAUGUUCUUCAUAAUUUCGUUACUUGAUUAUUGAUAUCCUGUCAACGUUAACGAUCAGUAUUACAAAAUGCGUACUGUGGCCGUAUGGACAGCUUUUGUGUUAGCAUACUCAAGCACCCCGUUCGUGACCGGUAUACGAUACAUUGAUCCGAUCUCGGCACAAUCAGGGAACACCGGCGACAUUGCCGAGAAGCGCGUUGACCUGACGGAGCCGACAUGCGAAGAAUUGAGGGCAAUGUGGAGGUACACUAAACGACAAAGCAGAGCUGCUAAAACUACUACCGGAUACUCUCUUUAUCCCGAUCCAUUUUCAUAUAACGUGUGGAAAUCUUAUUCCGAAUACUCCAAGCCCAAUCUUAAUUACCGCGGAAAAUUUAUGGGAAAACCGCGUAACCGUGCAGGAGGUAGUGCCCCAAUUUAUGGAAAAAUAGUACAUAAAGCACCAGCAAGUAGAUUAAGAAAUGGAAUGCGACACUCACCACGAUUUUUCAAUAAAAUCCCGCGCUUUUUCGGAACAAUGAAUUCUUAUCCACCGUUGUCGAAAAGUCGUAUUAACCCAAUAGUUGGUCCCUCUCAUUUAUCGCAAGCUGGCAGUUUUCAACAUUUGAAGGAAUUACUUCGUGCUGAACGGGCCCGUGAAUUACAGGAACAAUAUAAAGCUGAAGAACUAGCAGAAAAGACAUCUACCUUCAAAGAUUCUGUAAACAAUGAGUAUCCUUUCAAUAUUCAACAAUCUCAGAAACAAUAUUUAAAAUCAACACUGGGAAUCCCGACGAAAAUUAAUUAUGAAUUUGGUCAAGGACGAUAUGCAUCGAAUAAUGGUCAAAUUUGGACAAGGAAUGGACCCCAGCCUCGCGAAUAUUUAUCGCGUUAAUAUUUCAAAGGACUAUCGAUGUCUCCCACACAAACAAAGAUACCAACAUAUCGGUUCUCUUGAUAUGAUCGCAUACGACAGAACGUAAAUGAUUCGGAUUUGCUUUUUUGGCAAUCUUCGACAUCUCAAAAUUUACGUAAGCAAACUAUUUGCGUUUAUACUAACAGUAAAUAUUAUCGAAAGGGCUUUUCACUUUCGUUGUUUCUCCUCCGUCGUUCUCGAAAAUUGCUCUUAGGGCUUUCGCUGUCUCGAAUUUCGGAUCUCUAUUCCCUGCGAUGCCUCAAUUUAUUCGACAUAUUAUUUAUGCCCGGAUAAAUAUAAGUCAAUAAAUGGAAGGAAAGUCGUAAAGAAGAACGACUUGAGUUGGCAAUGCUAUAGAAUGUAUAUUUUCUUAAUUCAUUUAAACUCGCACAGAUUAAUUAAUUACCAUGCAAGCCGCCUAUAUAAAAUAUUCCAGAUAUAUAAAUUUAAUAUUAUAUCUCUGAAAAUCGCUACAGCGGCGACGUAACUUCAUAUCACUAAGCGGAGAAAACACGAGCAGAAUAUUGCUAAUUUGUUUUUAUUUUUUCAAUUAUAAAAUAAAUGUAUUAAUAAUGUUGUUUAAUAUUGUAUUUAUAUAUAUAUAUAUAAAAUUUUUCAUACAAAUAGACUUUUAAGUGAGCAAAGCAGAGAAUAAUAUUAUAAUUUUUAUAUCUUUA